AUGGGCAGUGACGAACCACGACCGGCGCCGGAAGACAAGGCAAGCCGUCAUUACAAAGAACUGAAGCUAAAGAGGGUGGUGGCAUUGAAGCCCAUCGGUGAAGACCCAACCUCGACUUGGCAAGCGAAGCCACUACAUGAGCAGCUUGAUUCGCUUCACGGGGAAUCCAUUCCCAGGGUUUGUUCUUACAGAGUAGCAGUCUUAGAAGCUAGCAAGGAUCAUUCAAGAGUAGCAAUUGCCAACACAGCCAUCACGAUAAGUUUGAGCCCCUUCACCACUGUAGCAGUUGUCAGCCCAUUCCCAGCACCUGUUGCCACAUUAUGGUACAAACUAGUGGUGCCUGGAUAGCCCAAAGCUGAACUAAUGCACACGGAUGGUUUAGUGGAUGUAUUGCA